AUGACGGGCACGGCCGACCCCUCCACCGCCCGCAUCCCAAACUAUGAGCGUCUCGCCUCUGCCGUGGAGGAGGACCCGCCCCUCUUCUCCUCGCAGCAAUCCUACACCGUCGAGGAAGCCAUCUCGCACAUCGGCGUCGGCAACUUCCAGUACGGGCUCCUCGCCAUGACGGGCCUGUGCUGGACGGCGGAGUCCAUGGAGAUGCUCCUCCUCUCCUUCAUCAAGGCCCCGCUGCAGUGCCAGUGGCAUAUCACAGACCCGCAGGCAGCGAUGAUCACCACGUCCGUCGGCAUCGGCAUGCUGCUGGGCGCCACGUCCUGGGGGCUCAUCGGCGACCGGUACGGCCGCCGCGUGGGCUUCAUCGCGUCCACCGUCUUCACGGCCGUGUUCGGCGUCCUGUCGGCCUUCUCGGUCAACCACGCCAUGCUAGUUGUCUCGCGCGGCCUCACGGGCUUCGGCAUCGGCGGCGUGCCGGUGUCGUUCAGCCUCAUGAUGGAGUUCCUCCCCGUCGAGCACCGCGGCACGUGGGGCAUGGGCAUCGCCCUCUUCUGGUCCGUCGGCGCCAUCUUCGAGAGCGCAGUCGCCAUGUACGUCAUCCCCAACCUGGGCUGGCGCUGGCUCAUCGUCAUCUCCUCCAUCCCGCUCUUCCUCGUCCUGCUGUGUUCGUACUGGCUCACAGAGUCCCCGCGCUGGCUUAUCUCCAAGGGGCACGUCGACCGUGCCCAGGCCGCCGUCGACCUUGUCGCCACCCGCAACAACCGCCCACUCCCGCCCGGCCGCCUCGAAAUUCCUGACCUCGUACACGAGGAGCUCCGCCGCACGCCGAGCCGCUUCGGGCAGACCGGCGAGCUGUGGCGCAGGGGCGCGAGGUCCCUCGUCACUAAGAUUUGGUUCAUUUGGUUUGUCAGCGCCUUCAUUUACUACGGCUUGAUCACGUUGCAACCGGAGCUCAUGAUCAACGAGAACUCGGGCAAGCGCUGCCACUACGCCCAGCGUGAGUGCGCCGCUUUGCCCACGCAAGAGAGGUGCGCCACGAACGAGAUUUGCUCGUGGAAGCCGGCCACCGCCGGCACGGGCAUGUGCGGCAUCCCGUCCAUCGCCCGUGUAGCCCGUGCUGACGUGCCGGAAGCCGUCGACUCGCCGUGCACCAACCAGCUGUCCCAGGCUGAUUUUAGGGCCACGCUCGGAGCAAGCGUCGGUGAGAUGCCAGGCCUGCUUAUCGCUUUCGCCACCAUCGAUACAAUCGGCCGUCGCCCGGUGUUGGGAUACAUGCUUGGUGGCGUGAGUAUUGGCUUUGUGCUGCUCCUCGCUUGUCUCGGAAGGGGUGCAGAAGCUCUCGUGUUUUUCAUAGCGCGCGGCCUCAGUUCGGGCGUCUUCCAGACCAUCUACAUCUACACAAAUGAGGUUUAUCCCGCCAUUGUGCGCACUACGGCCAUGGGCUUGGCUUCGUCCAUGGCUCGUAUCGGUUUGAUCACCACGCCGUUUGUAUCGCAGUAUCUCGUCAACAACCAUCAUGCGGCGGCGAUGUGGAUCUACUUUGCCACUUCAGCUCUCGCCGUCUUCGGCGUAAUUCUACUACCGAUUGAGACCACCAGAAGGCCCCUACUUUCCUCCAUGGAUGAGUUGAUCGAAAUUCUUAGAAUGGGCGGUGACCGUGUCGAUAACUCCAUGACCGAAUCGCAAAGCUUUGCAAAAGAUCCUUCCGCCUCCUGGUGGAUCCGAAUGUUUAGAUGGAGAGCUCGCGUCGACGGCUUGACCGCUAGCUGA